AUGUCGUGUCAUGAAAAGUUGAUAGCUAAGAAGAGAAAGUACGACAUGAAGCGGAAGCAGAUGGCCCACUUGGAGCUGCUGCUGAGGCCACUACCGGGGCUGCCGGGCAGCACGGAGAGUCCUUUGCUCCAGAACAGUCAGGGCAACUUUUCUGACAUUUACCUCAACUACCAUAAUUCUUCGCUGGCGUCGGUUUUCAAAGAUAAGGCUCUACCCGAUCCAACAGCCACUCCCAACAGUACCCAAAAUGUUCAGAAUGACUCUCCACAAGUUCACAAAUUGUCUUCCCGGACCUCUCAUGCAUCCUCUCUGUCUACGCCCCACCAGUCGAAACCAUUAGACCAAGCGGGUAGCAAAGACGGAAUCGAGGAGGUGAAUGAUUCCGAUGAUGAGCUCAACAUAAGACGAGCCGCCAGACACCAAGAGCCAGAUUCAAAAAAGGCAUUCCAUUCCUCGCAAGAUAAUAUUCUUGACCUUAUCGAAUCCUUCAGUGGACCCAACACGCCUUUGACCGAGGACAUUGAACUUCCAAAACUGGCACCUCUUCCAGAUUCCAAACAGUAUAACCAGGGAAGCCAGGUCAACACUCCAGACGAAUCAACCAAUCUAAAGCCACAUGCUCUGCCUCGCAAACAGGACGACGAACUGUCCAAUUAUGCAACACCAAGGACGGACGUUCUCCCAUCCUCCCAACUCAGCCUUGGCUCAGCUCCACGCCUUGAGCCAUCCCAAAAGUCCCCACAGAAGGAAUUGCUUUUGCUAUCGCCAUCUCAAUACCAUGAUAACAGGUUUCACAAUACAACCGCUCCUUCGCUGGACAGUCUUGGUGUUACCACUGACGAAGUGACCAGACGGUCAGCAGCAUCCUCUCCAAUGGCAAGAGUGAAUAGGCAAGCGAGAGUGGUUGAGACUAAUGAUGAUAUAGUGGCGGCGGAUAUUGGCCUGCUGUACAACGCUUUUGAGAACUCGAUCAACACAACGCCCAAGAAGUCAACGACCAAUAUUCUGAACAAGGCAAUGGCUUCUCCUCCCCCACGCUCGGCUUUACCAAAUGUGCCUGCCACUCCAAAGCGCCAAGGGCCACCAACAGAUCCUUUUGAACCUCGUGGAUUAGGUCUCGAGAACGUCGAACUUCAGAAACCAAACAGGGUCGUCCAACCUGCAACUCCGGCUGUCACUAAUUUGGAAGAGACUAUUGAUGAAAAGGCUGACACUGAAGGCACUCCACAAUCGUUAGGCCGUCGUAAUACAUUCAAAGGACCCAAGAAUUUCUUGAAGCAUAAGCGUUCCACGUCCAGCGGACUGGGAAGCGGAAAGUUUGGAAACUUGUUUAGGAGCAAGGAUGAGCAAACCCCAGGCCAUUCCCGUCACGUCUCCGAUGGAUCUAUCAACCAUCAUCUGGCCUUCACUACGCCCCCUCUUCCGCUUAGCUCGCCAAUGAAACACGGUGUGUUUGGCAAUGGCCACAAUCGUUCAACUUCAGACACACAUUAUGUUAUGGCAGGUGAUCUUCAAGGCGAACGUCAGAGACUAGACACCGAGAUGCGCCAGUUACGCAUGGAGAUCAAUCUGCUUGAGGGCCGGAAACAAACAGUUUUAUCUGAGAUAGUCAAGCUAGGCUCAGAGAAGAACAAGGUUAAUGAUGCACUCGCCAUAUUGAAACAGAAGGUCGCCGCCGAGUCGGAUUCCCAUGAACAGAUAUUACAAGACAUUCAUGAUCUUGUUGCAGAGAAGAGGAGAUUGACUGAGGAAAACCAGCAACUCAAAGAUGCUAAUGCUCGCUUAAAGAAUGAAUCAAGACGUUUCAAUGAAUCUCCAGAAUCCAACGCAACUCCUACUCAGCUCUCUACUGAUCAGAUGGAGGGAUCGUCGUCUUCUGUCAAUAUCGCUUACGAGCCUCAAGUUGAAGAGCCUGGGGAAACACAAAAAGCCACAAGACUUCGUUUCUGGCGUAGGCCCAAGGUUAGUGUUGCUGCAACAAAUACGCAAGGCAAUGUGAACCUGCCACAGACACAAUCUACUGCUCAACUGCUGAAGGGUACACCAGGCAGUUCUGUCCCACAAUCUCAACAAAGCAAUGGCAAUGACCUGAACCUGAGUCAUUAUAAAUUGAGUCAAUCUUACUCCUCUAAUGCUAUACAGCAUCCAAGUCAAUUCCUCAAUCCUGAUAACGCACAACCGGAGUCUGGUCCACGGAAGGCAUUCAACUCAUUCAUGAGCCGCUCAAGGUCUACUAAUUUGCUUGACUCAUUUGUCGGCCAGCCACAACAGAAGCCCGAGGACAGUGGAGAAUCGUUGCUUACUUCCACCAUCCAAAAGCGUGCAACGUAUGAGAACGAACGCGUUCCUUUGAUAAUUACUAAGUGUAUCGAGGAGGUGGAAAAAAGAGGUCUUGAUAUGGAAGGAAUUUACCGUAUAUCUGGAGGUAACUCUGCUAUUACUGCUAUUCUCAAUGCUUUUCUGUCGCUCCCUGCUAACCCACAGUCGGAUAGAAAGCAAAUGACUAAGCUUGCUGAAGUCAUGGAAGGUGAUAUUCAUGCCGUGACGAGUGCAUUGAAGAGAUACUUGAGAAAGUUACCAGAGCCAUUGAUACCCUUCUCAUGCUAUGACGACUUUGUGAAGAUUUGCCGGAACGAUAAGGAUACGCAAGCUAAAUGUGACGACCUCGUUGAGAAGGUUGUGAACAAGCUUCCGGCAGCUAACAGACACACAUUGUACUUACUUUCCAAGCAUUUGGACUUGGUCGGUUACUAUAACAAUGUGAACAGAAUGACCAUGAAGAACCUUUCGGUGGUGCUUGCACCAACCAUUGCUAGGGAUGCAACAGGAGAGAGAGAAAUGGUGGACAUGGGUCCUCGAAACGAUACAACGGAAUUGCUUUUGCUGAACUUUUCAAAGAUCUUUGCCAACUACGAUGGUUAG